UGGUGUUCUGUCCAUUCCUCCCGAGUAAGAGUUUCUGUAAGCUUUUUUGCUGCCUCAUCAGGCCUUCUUUUGUUUAAAUAAAUUGUUUCGUUGCAUUUUGGACUUUGCCUGCGCCCUGGGUUUUUCUGCCAGCGACUAUUGAAACUCGAAAGGCUGAGGUAGGGAGGGCCAUUUUAUGCAAACCAGCCCUAAACCCCAAACCCACAUUUUAUAAACCAGUGGAUGACAAAGCAGCAUUCAGCAGAAUGAACAAGGGGGGAACAGAAGAAGCUGUCAGACAGCUGCAAAUAGGGAGAGGAGACUGACAAAAUAAACACUUAAUUUCAGAGAGCAGUAAGGGUAAAUCUAUUAGAUACGAUUCCCCUGGAAACAGUCAUGUCAUCAUCAAGCUACAUUGAGUACCACGGCCUUCUCCUGCAUCAUACAGCCCACACUGCAGAGAGCCUGGAGUACGCCGAGAACUUCUCUGUGGAAGACACUGAUGUGUUUGCUGUCACUUACCCCAAGUCAGGUUCAGUCUGGAUGCAGGAAAUCCUCCCUCUGGUGCUGAAUGGAGGAGAUCUGACCCCGAUCAAAACAAUUCCAAACUGGGAUCGAGUCCCAUGGCUGGAAGAAAUAAGACUGGCACAGGUUGUGGACCAGUUGGCAUCUCCACGUGGACUGAUGUCACAUUUCACCUAUAACCUCAUGCCCCCUUCUUUCCAUACCUCCAAGGCCAAGGUGAUCUACGUCAUGAGGAACCCCAAGGAUGUCUUGGUGUCUUCAUACUACUUCCACCAGAUGGCUUCUUUUCUUGAAGAUCCAGGAACAUUUGAUGAGUUCAUGGAAAAAUUCCUAGAAGGCAGAGUGCUGUUUGGAAAAUGGACAGAUCAUAUAAAGAGCUGGAAGCGUGCCGAACUGGGAGACAGAAUCUUGUUCAUCACAUACGAAGAAAUGGUUCAGGUGAAUAUCUGAGUUUUUAUAAAUUAAUGUGUUUUAUUUGUUUCAAUUAGA